AUGAUUACUACAUCGUGUCAAUUUAUUUAUAAACAAAAAGAUAUUCUACCACACACAAUUAAUAUCAUACCAUAUCCUAUUAACGAACAAUCAUCUCCACAACCAAAACAAUGUAAAUGUGGAUAUUAUGAUAAUAUCUAUAAUACACAUAAUGGGAAUUCAUUUAUUUGUUGUAAUUGUGGAAGAAUUAAUGAAAAUAUAGAAAAUAUACCAAAAACACAAGCAACUAUUCAUACUGAAAUACAACAUUCUUCUAUUGAAAGGAAAUUCAUAUUUUUAAUAUCUUUACAAUUAGAAAUUGUUUCAUGUCAAGAAAUGAUUAAAAAGACAAUUAAACAGAUUAGCUCAAAAGGAUAUAAAGUAGCAUGUAUUUUCUUUAAUGAAAAUUCUAUUCAUUACAUUAAAAAUGGAACAAGAAUGAAUAUUAAUAUAAUUCCUAGAUUAAAAGAAAUAAAUGAAUUACCAUUUAAUAUUGAAUCUUUAUGGCUUACACCAAAUAUGGUUGAUUCUAUUUUAUCAAAUUUUAAUGAUAAUAUUCCUUUUAAUGAUUUAAUUCAUUUACAUCAAUGUCUUGAUGAAUGGUGUAAAAGUAUUCAAUUAAUUAAUACAAUUUGUACUCAUGGAAUAGAAGUUGUUUCAUUCUUAAAUACAAAUGCUAAAGAACUUCCUUAUCCAAUUCAGUUAUCUGUUCCUCUUCAUGUAGUAUUUCCUGAUAAAUAUCAAUCAGAUAUUUAUCCAACUCUUCUUCAUUAUAUUAGAAAAAAUGGUGGAUCACUUCACACAUGGGAUAGACAUACAUCACAAACAUUUGAUGAUUCAAUCAAUUCAUUAAUAAAUGAUCUUGAAAUUCCUAGAACGAAUGGUGGGACGUUAACAAUAUUAUGUCCACCUCAAAUACAAAUAAUAAAUUCAACAUUUGAACGAAGUUUUAAUGAUAAAGUCCUUCCCAAAAAAAAAGUUACUUUUGCAUUAGCACCAACAACUCCAAAAAGUCAUUCAAAUAUUUCUAUUUAUUUUAAAGAGAAACAAAAAUAUAAAAAAACAAUAUUGUACAUGCAAUUUAUUUAUAACGAUUCAUUAGAUUAUAACUCUCUUUCAUUUAAAUGUAUUUGUAUAGAAACAAUAAAAUUUACAAUGGUUAAUACAAUUAUAGAAUAUUAUAAUGGUUUAUCUAUUGGAGCAUCAAUUCAAUCAUUAUUUUAUAAUCUUCCAGAUCCUUUAGAAUUAAAAAAGAAUUUAAAACGUUAUUUAACAGUAUUAUCAAAUCCACAUUAUCAAUUUUUAACUUUUUUAAAAAUUUGUAAUUAUUUAUUAACAUCUCCAUUAUAUUCUCAAGCUAAUCCACAAUUGUCAGCAUUAUAUCAACAUCUUUUAUUUGAUUUUGAUCCAUAUUAUUUAUAUUCAGUUUAUAAUCCAAUUAUUUAUAUCUUUACUAAUAAUUAUCAACAACCUCAAGCAAGACAUACUUUAUUAAAAAAAGAAAUAAUUAAACAAAUUGAAGCAUCUGCAAUUGUUUUUCUUAAUUUUGGUAGAGUUGUUAUUCUUACUGAUGAUCAAAAUAUUCAUUGUGAAGGAAAUCAAGUUGGAAUAUUAGUGAAUUCAUUAAGAUAUAAUAUACAAUUUCCUAUUAUUUUGAAUGAAUUAAUUAUUCCUUUUAAUGGAAGUGAAUUAUUAGAAUAUUGUAUGUUAGAUGAUAAUGAAUUAAAUUCAUUUAAAAAUUUCAUAAGUGAACUUAAUCGAUUUGUAUUGAAAUAA